AUGUAUCAUAUGCCACCUACCAAGAGCUUUAAAAAGCUACUAGUCCAGAUUGAUUCGGCCUUUGAAAACCUUAUGGCAGAUCUCGAGCCUUUGGAACCAUCACCUGCUGCAUUGUGUACUCAAGACUCGGCAUGGAUACUCGCGUCGUCUGAAUGCGACAGAAGCGGUAUACAUACUGGGAUGAGUAGAACUCGUAGUGUCAGUGCUGAUAGGACUUUUUUAAAUGACUGUAAUCAAGCCAGUACCCAUCUAGAAUCCAACAACUCCAUGGCCGAUCCCAUUCAAAUUAUCAACCGUUCACCAUCUUCGUUCUCAGAUGCAAUUUAUUCCAAUACUAGCAGUGAUAUCAGCAGUGCCGAUACUUUGUAUACGCUAGACACUGUUGAGUGUUUCCGCAACACUCAUAUCCGCAACCAGACUUACAAUCGCAAUGAUUGCCGCAACAGCAAUAAAGCGAAUGCCUAUAAAGACAUGGCUGUUCACAAUGCAUUCAACAGCGGCAAUGUCGAUAAAAAUGGCGUGGUUGAGCAAACUACUGCCAACUGUGACGACUAUAAUGACCAAGAUAUGGCCAGCACUCAUCCAAAUGCUCGAGUUUUUUUGGCUGAUAGCGAUCACUUGAAUCACCAUACUGAAAAUGUGCACCAAACCAGCACAUCCACUAAUUCUGACGGCAGGCUUCUCAAUGCAAAUAUGGAAUAUGGCUGUCAUGUUUUUUCUUCACCACCAUCAACAGUUGUCAGCCAACCCGUGCUAAACGCCACGAAACCGUUAUCCGAUGCAACUUCUCGUGUAGAACACGUUCCGGCCGUAUUUUCCACGCUGUCCAAACCAACCUUCUCCAAGCCUUUAACCCGACACCAUCAAUCAACAAACCAAAUCCUUGAUCCCCCAUCUGAUGUUCCACAACAUACACCAGAUAUUACCCAUCAUCCGCAAUUAACGUAUACAUCCAACAAAGUUUUGUCAUUCUAUCAGACAAUCUCUUCACCUCAUGCAUUCCACCUUGAUUCUGCCUCUAUUGAAAAAUCCAUAAGCACAUCAUCUCAAAUAUCCUCAACCUUAGACUAUCCUCAUACCAAGCAUACCACAUCCAAUUUUACCACAGCAGGACAACUCAUUAUCCCUUGUAGAGUAGAUUCGCGAUAUAUGAGUGGUGAUGAUGCAGAUCCAAUGCCUUCUAAACUUCCAUUGGCUUCAGUGGACCACGUUUUGCCUCAACCAGAAAUCACUGCCUCAUAUUGGCCAUUUCAUUAA